AUCUCUCUGUUCUCUCGUGCUCAUUGUGGUUUCUCACUUUCUCUCUGCAAUCUCAUUUUUUUUUUUAAAAAAAAAUACGAGUCUUUAUUAUUAUUAUUAUUUUUGGGUGUUUGGUUCUUAGCAUUCCUCUUUCUCGUUCCCUUUUUUGGUUUUAAAGCUGCAUGCAGAGUCCACUGUACAUGAAAAGUCCAGAGUGAGAGAGAGAGAGAGAGAGAGAGAGAGGAUGACUGAAUGGAUUGAUCCAUUUCAAUUAGGAUGUUUCGUGAUUGUACAGUUUGAUAUGUUUUGGUUUGACUAAAUUGGUAUUUUUAAAACUUUAAUACUCAUGUUUGCUUUUGUUUGUGCCCUUUCGCUUUUUUGGCUCCCGUGUUGAAAAGUUACAUCUUCAAGGUGCCGAUCGGGGAUUUGGUUUUCUCCUAUCUCCUGUGGAAGUUAGGUUCUCAACGUCUACCAUCUAUCUAGGAUUAUGAUCCAAGUUAUUCUCGCCACACUUGUUAUACCCUCCUUAGAAAAAUGCCAGAAAUUCAGUCGGCUACACACACUAUUAAAUCACAUGGAGCUCAAGUGGCAAGAAUACAUUUGCAUGACUGGUUAAUUCUUUUGCUUCUUGUUGUCAUUGAUGUGAUCUUGAAUCUGAUAGAGCCGUUUCACCGCUUUGUUGGGGAGGGGAUGAUGACCGACCUAAGAUACCCAAUGAAAGAUAAUACUGUCCCCUUUUGGGCUGUCCCGGUAAUAGCUAUAUUGUUGCCACUGGUAGUCAUUCUCUUCUACUAUAUCAAGCGGAAGGACAUUUAUGAUUUUCAUCAUGCUAUAUUGGGGCUUCUAUUUUCUGUUCUGAUUACUGCGGUGAUAACUGAUGCUAUCAAAGAUGGUGUUGGACGGCCACGCCCUGACUUUUUUUGGCGAUGUUUUCCAAAUGGCAAAGGGGUGUUUGAUUCAAUAACAAGUGAUGUUAUGUGCACUGGAGAUAAGAGUGUUAUCAAGGAAGGACACAAAAGUUUCCCCAGUGGACAUACAUCAUGGUCUUUUGCUGGUCUAACUUUUCUUUCUUGGUAUCUAUCUGGAAAAAUUAAGGUAUUUGAUCGUAGGGGCCAUGUUGCAAAGCUCUGUAUUGUUUUCUUACCAAUCCUCAUGGCAGCUAUGGUUGCAGUCUCACGCGUUGAUGAUUAUUGGCAUCAUUGGCAAGAUGUGUUUGCCGGAGGUCUUAUUGGAUCUAUCAUUGCUUCUUUUUGUUACUUGCAAUUCUUUCCUCCUCCAUAUGAUUUAGAUGGUUGGGGCCCUUAUGCAUAUUUUCAGAUGUUGGCUGAAUCUCAAAAUGGUGCUCAAGGCUCAUCUACAAACAAUGACAUUAUUAGCCCACAACCUGGUGAGAUUCACAUUGUAAGUAUUCCACCUCAUCGUGAUGGGGAUAUUGCUCGAGGCAGUAACUGGGAUCCAACUCCUGUAUUUGAUGGAUCGCAAAAUGCAAGGAGAUAAGGACUUUAGUCUCCGAGUGCAGUGUAGAGUCAUAGGAAAAGAUCAGAUGUGCAUAGUCUGUACAAAGUAAUAGAGUUUGUGAAUUUCAUUGCAGAUUUCUGCAUCUGAACUUUCUGAAAGAAUUGAAAUUGAUAUAUAUAUAUAUAUAUAUAUAUGCUCAUUUCCUCAGAGUAGAUCAUAGGAUUCUUCCAGUAUCUUAGCUCUCAACAAAUGUGACAUGUUGCGGUUGAUUUGAUUCUGAGAUCACUACAGAGUGAGAGUGUAUGAUUUUUGUUAGUUGUCAAAACAGUGUUGUAAACUUUGAUCGUUGAUCUUCAGAUCCAGCCUGUAUAAAAAUGGGAAAACACAAUUAUUGGUUA